AAAUUAUCCCUUUUAGGUUUCGGUAACCGUCUUGUUACUGAACCAAAACCCAUAAUCAGCUCAAAACCUCGCCCUAUCCAAAACUCUCUUUUCUUCAUCGGCGAUUCGUCGUCGUUUCAGUUCAACCAUGGCUUCUCACGCCGCUAAUCUCUGGGUCUUACUUGGCCUCGGACUCGCUGGAAUCCUCCUCGUCACGAAAAAGUUCAAGAAGAACGUUAAAGAAGACUUCGGAGCCUUUAUUGAGAAGCUUCAGCUUCUCCCUCCGCCUCAGCCUGCUCCUCCCAAGGCUCCUCAUCCUCUCACUUCUCUCACCUUUGCUGUCUCCGACGUAUUUGAUAUUGAGGGUUAUGUGACUGGUUUCGGGCAUCCAGAGUGGGCGAGUUCAAGCAGCGCAGCUUCUAGAACAGCGACAGCUAUUUCGACUCUCGUGGAAGGAGGUGCCACUUGCGUUGGGAAAACUGUGGUGGAUGAACUUGCUUAUAGUAUCAAUGGAGUGAACAAGCAUUACGGUACACCAACUAAUCCUGCAGCCAAUUCUCGAGUACCUGGUGGAUCAUGUAGUGGGGCUGCUGUGGCUGUGGCAGCUAAUCUUGUUGACUUCUCAUUAGGUAUUGACACCGUUGGUGGUGUAAGAAUUCCUGCAUCAUUUUGUGGAAUUAUAGGGUUUCGGUCCUCUCACGGGGCUGUUUCUCUCAUGGGGACUUUGCCUAUAUCAACAAGCCUUGACACCAUUGGAUGGUUUGCUAGGGAUCCUAAUGUUCUACGCCGUGUUGGCCAUGUGCUGCUGCAGCUUCCUUUUGGAAUUCAACGUAAUCCUCAGCAAAUUAUAAUAGCUGAUGAUUGCUUUGAACUGCCGAAAUUUCCUGUGGACAGGAUUGUUCAGGUGGUAAUCAAGUCAACUGAGAAGCUUUAUGGGAGACAACUGUUGAAACAUGAAAAUCUUGGGCACUAUUUUUCUUCUAGAAUUCCUAGUUUAAAAUUGUUUCAUAAAACAAAUGGUGAAGUUAAAACUUCUUCAAUACGGGUGCUUGCAAACAUUAUGCGGUUUAUUCAAAGAUAUGAGUUCAAAUAUAAUCAUGAGGAAUGGAUUAACUCAGUGAAGCCAACUCUAGAUCCUGGUAUCUCAGCACAAAUUUAUGAAAAUCUGGAAACAUCAGACACAGAUAUAGAAAACUGUAAAUCUGUUAGGAAUGAAAUGCGUUUGGCUAUUAAUUCUCUUUUGAAGGAUGAUGGAGUACUUGUGAUCCCUACUACGGCUUAUCCUCCUCCAAAACUUGGAGGGAAGGAGUUACUAUCAGAGGAUUAUCAGAACUCUGCAUUUAGUCUACUGAGUAUUGCGAGUAUAUCAGGUUGCUGUCAGGUCACUGUACCACUUGGAUAUCAUGAAAACUGUCCUAUUUCUGUUUCUUUUGUGGCCAAGCAUGGAGGUGAUCGCUUUUUGCUGGAUACCCUGCAGAAUAUGUACAAGUCUCUACAAGAGCAAGUUGAUGUAAUUGCUACUUCCAAAUCGUCAAGUAAUGCUGUCAGCAAGGAAGAAUCUGCAGAGACUGCUAAAGAAAUGGGCAACCAAGCUUAUAAAGAAAAACAAUGGCAGAAGGCUAUUGGCUUUUAUACAGAAGCUAUAAAACUCAGUGGAAAUAAUGCAACGUAUUACAGCAACAGAGCUGCAGCAUAUCUUGAGUUGGGGAGCUUCCUUCAAGCUGAAGCAGAUUGUACAAAGGCUAUAAACCUUGACAAAAAGAAUGUGAAAGCUUAUCUGCGAAGAGGCACGGCGAGGGAGAUGCUUGGCUAUUAUAAGGAGGCAAUUGAAGAUUUCCAAUAUGCACUGGUGUUGGAGCCGACCAAUAAAAGAGCGUCCAUUUCUGCUGAUAGAUUAAGGAAGGUAUUUAUGUAGAAAUUGGAAGAUUAAUAGAACAUCUUGGGAGGUCGGCAUCACAGAAACGAUUCUCAUUCUCCAAAGUCGAUCAUUCUUUGUCUUGGAAGUACUGGUAAGACAUUAAACCACCAUACAUCUCAAUUAGAUCCACAGAAGAGUACUCUUUGCAUUGUUUUUUGUUACAGGAUAGAACAAUCUAUUCCUUGAGAUUGAUGCUUGCUAUAACAAUUUGUAAGUAUAGUCCAAAUUUUGUUUCGGCAUAUUCUUGCUUUGGAUAAUAUUGGCAUUUUGUUUGUAAUUUAAUCUUCAGAAAAUCAUUAGAUGAUA